AGCCCGUUCAGAAUUGCAGAUUCCAGGAAAAUUGAAAAGGUUGAACCCUUUGUCCGUACACUCACAAGAACAAAAAAUAAAAGGAAGGAAGGAAAACGUUAAAACCCUUGAAUUGGUUGUUGCUGAGGGGAGAGUGAAAUUUGUGAAGCAGGCAUGAGUAGUGAAAGGCAAGAGCUUCAGUUGGAUCCGCAGAUUCAGUCGGCUCAGGGUUCGAGAGAAGACAUGAUUUCGUGGGUGGUGGCGUUGGAGACGGCUUUGUUGCCGUGCUUGCCGGCCAGAGAGCUUCAGGCUAUCGACCGUUCUCCCCACCCUUCUCAUCAGAUUGAUGUAGAGAGACAUGCUAGAGACUUUAUGGAGGCUGCCAAGAAGCUACAGUUAUACUUCAUUGGCCUGCAGCGUGAGGAUCAGCCAACCAGGGCUGAAAUGCUCAGAAAAGAAAUUGCAACAAUGGAAGAAGAAUUGAAGGUAAAGUCUGAGAUCAUCAACAAUCAAGAGAGACUGAUCCAGGGAUGGCGUAAGGAUUUGACAGACCAACUGGACAAACACAACACUGAACUGGAGAGAGUAUAGUUGACUAGCAAUAAGGGCGUAGUGAUCUCUAAGGUUAUUUUGCUCGAGAUUAGUUUGAGUUAGGGUCUUGCUUUACUACCAGUCAUCUUAUUGCUCAGUAGUGGCAGUAUUUUUAUUCGCUGCUUGUUAAACUGCAGGAAGCACAAUUAAUUCAACCCAUCAAUAUACUGAUUUAGUCUUUCUGCUAA